GUAUUAAUUAUUCAGUUAUUGUUUUUUUAUUGUUGUUUUCAAGGUUAGUAUGUUUUCUAGUUCUUAUUUUGUUGUUAGUUUGCGGUAGUUUAAAAUGUUAAUUGUUCUUGUUAUUUUGAUUUUCAGUUCUAAUUAAUCUUAUUAACUUGUUAAUUUGAUAAAUUAUUGUUUUGGUGUUGUUCUCUACCUUUUGAUUGUUAUAUUGUGUUUUGAUGUGGUUGAUUUAAUAAAUUGUUCAUUGAGUGGAAGAUGAAAACUUGCCAUGGUAAAAUUGCUCCUGCCAUGUCAAAACUGCUCCUAUUGGUUUAGUAUGGCUCAAUCCAUGCUUCCAAAGAGAUUCUACCACCAUUCUUGGACCUUCUCUCUGAGGCUUCAAGUUCUUUCACUGUGCUGUGCUGGAUCUAAGGCUAUCAAUGAUCCAAAAGGGCAUGAGAGUCAUGGAGUUCAUCUCUGUCACAAAUGUGGAUGGCCUUUCCCGAAUCCACAUCCAAGUGCCAAGCACAGGCGUGCUCACAAGAUGAUCUGUGGAACCAUUGAAGAUUACAAGCUAUGUUCCUCCGAGGAACAAUCUCGCUCAAACGGCUCAGAUGAUGGACAUGGUUCUGAUAAUGAUAAAAAAUCCCCAGGUCCAGAGGUCUUGAAUAUAGGCAACAAGGAGAAGGGUGAUAGUGGAAUUGGAGAUAAAAUAAAUAGAUCAGAAGAUGAGGCGUUUUCAGAUGCAGUUGCAGACUUUCCAGAUAGUCAAGGAGUUAAGGAAUCUCUGCAGGAAGGUAGUUUGGACUUAAGUACCAGUAUGGAAUGGGACGGCAAAGAUGAUCCAAAAUUUUCAGAGUCUUCCAAGGACAGUGAUUUUAAUGAUUCCAAAGUGAUCUCACAAUUCAAAAGUUCAAUUUUCAUGUGCUCUAAGCAUAUGGAGGCUGUGGUGUGAAGAGAGGCCAUUGGAGCUUAUAGAUGAAUCUUUAACUGACUCAGUUGCUGCAGCAGAAUCUGAAGUGCUAAGAUGCAUUCACAUAGGGCUUUUAUGUGUACAAGAGAGACCAGAGAAUAGGCCAGACAUGUCAGCCAUAGUUCUAAUGCUGAAUGGUGAGAAACCAUUACCAAGGCCAAGGGACCUGCUUUUUAUCCACAUCAGUUUGGCUUUUCAUCAGGGAAUUGUGUAGUAAAUUCAGCUAAUGAAAUUUCUGACAUUGUUAGAUGCUAGAUAGUUUAUUUUAGAGUUUAACAUACUUUAAGGCAAAAGAAAAACGUUCACUCUAAAUGUAUAUAUCAUUACAACAUGUUCUUACUUAUUAUA